CAAUCUUCCAGCCAUGGGAGCAGCGAUUCUCCCAGAUCUCGGAACCGAGAUUCUCAUUCCCGUCUGCGCGGUCAUUGGAAUCGCCUUCGCCCUCUUCCAGUGGCUCCUCGUCUCCAAGGUCAAACUCUCUGCCGUCAGAGACGCUUCUCCCAACGCCGCCGCCAAGAAUGGCUACAACGACUACCUCAUCGAAGAAGAGGAGGGCAUCAACGACCACAACGUCGUCGUCAAAUGCGCCGAAAUACAGAACGCCAUUUCCGAAGGAGCAACCUCUUUCCUUUUUACUGAAUACAAGUAUGUAGGAAUCUUCAUGGUGGCUUUUGCCAUUUUGAUAUUCCUUUUCCUUGGUUCAGUAGAGGGAUUCAGCACAAGCCCCCAGGCUUGCUCAUACGAUAAAACUAAAACNUGUAAGCCANCACUUGCAACGGCUAUUUUCAGCACCGUAUCUUUCCUGCUUGGUGGGGUCACAUCACUUGUUUCUGGAUUCCUUGGAAUGAAAAUUGCAACUUACGCCAAUGCAAGAACCACCCUGGAGGCAAGAAAGGGUGUUGGGAAGGCCUUCAUUACGGCUUUUAGAUCUGGUGCUGUUAUGGGUUUUCUCCUAGCCGCAAAUGGUCUUCUGGUUCUUUACAUUGCCAUCAACUUGUUUAAGAUCUAUUAUGGUGAUGACUGGGGUGGUCUUUUUGAGGCCAUAACUGGUUAUGGUCUCGGUGGGUCUUCUAUGGCUUUGUUCGGAAGAGUUGGCGGAGGUAUUUAUACCAAGGCUGCUGAUGUUGGUGCUGAUCUCGUUGGCAAGGUUGAGAGAAACAUUCCCGAAGAUGAUCCAAGAAAUCCAGCUGUGAUUGCUGACAAUGUUGGUGACAAUGUCGGAGAUAUAGCUGGUAUGGGAUCUGAUCUGUUUGGUUCAUAUGCGGAGUCAUCUUGUGCUGCUCUUGUUGUUGCUUCCAUCUCUUCAUUUGGGUUGAAUCACGAGUUGACUGCGAUGCUCUACCCUCUCAUUGUCAGUUCUGUGGGUAUUCUUGUUUGUUUGCUCACCACCUUAUUUGCAACUGACUUCUUUGAGAUCAAGGCUGUGAAAGAGAUUGAGCCUGCAUUGAAAAAACAGCUCGUUAUUUCCACUGUGCUGAUGACUAUUGGGGUUGCAGUUGUUAGUUUUGUUGCACUUCCAACUUCCUUCACUAUCUUCAAUUUUGGAGUGCAGAAAGACGUCAAGAGCUGGCAGCUAUUUUUGUGUGUUGCUGUUGGUCUUUGGGCANGACUUAUUAUCGGAUUUGUAACUGAGUACUAUACUAGUAACGCAUAUAGUCCUGUUCAAGAUGUUGCUGACUCCUGCAGAACUGGUGCUGCAACUAAUGUUAUAUUUGGCCUUGCCUUAGGAUACAAGUCUGUUAUCAUUCCAAUUUUUGCUAUAGCAAUUAGUAUUUUUGUUAGUUUCACCUUUGCUGCCAUGUAUGGUAUUGCCGUUGCUGCACUUGGGAUGCUUAGUACCAUUGCUACNNGGUUGGCCAUAGACGCAUAUGGUCCAAUCAGUGACAAUGCUGGAGGUAUUGCUGAGAUGGCUGGCAUGAGUCACAGAAUUCGUGAGAGAACUGAUGCCCUUGAUGCUGCUGGUAACACUACAGCUGCAAUUGGGAAGGGCUUUGCCAUUGGUUCUGCCGCCCUCGUAUCUCUGGCCCUUUUUGGUGCCUUUGUGAGCCGAGCAUCUAUUACAACUGUUGAUGUGUUGACUCCAAAGGUUUUCAUUGGUUUAAUUGUGGGAGCAAUGCUUCCUUACUGGUUUUCUGCCAUGACCAUGAAGAGUGUGGGAAGUGCUGCUCUGAAGAUGGUUGAGGAAGUGCGCAGGCAAUUCAAUACCAUCCCAGGGUUGAUGGAGGGAACUGCCAAGCCUGACUAUGCUACAUGUGUUAAGAUCUCUACUGAUGCUUCCAUUAAAGAAAUGAUUCCACCUGGUGCUCUUGUCAUGCUUACACCUCUUGUUGUUGGGAUCCUUUUUGGUNUCGAAACACUUUCUGGUGUCCUCGCUGGAUCUUUGGUAUCUGGUGUACAGAUUGCCAUCUCUGCAUCCAACACCGGCGGUGCAUGGGAUAAUGCAAAGAAGUACAUUGAGGCUGGUGCUUCUGAGCAUGCCAGAAGCCUUGGUCCAAAAGGGUCAGAUUGCCACAAGGCAGCAGUUAUUGGUGACACCAUUGGAGACCCUCUCAAGGAUACAUCUGGUCCCUCACUUAACAUCCUUAUCAAGCUGAUGGCAGUUGAGUCUCUUGUUUUUGCCCCCUUCUUUGCUACCCAUGGUGGUUUACUCUUCAAGAUCUUCUAAAGAGUUGAGAGAAAAGAGCAUCGUUCAUCAAUUUUCUACUAUGAUGGNAGAACAAGGAAAAUCCGUCCUUUCACCACCAUGCCUUUACUUUUUUGUUAGUCUUUUAACUCAUCUGUCAUGUCGACUUCAUUGUUUUUGAAACAAAGUAUAUUUUGUCACUCAUUUGUAGUUUUAAGAAACUUCAUUAGGUUGAGUCUGCAGCAAAAUUUUCCUUGUU